AUGGAUAAUCAUCAUUUACGAGCUAUUCUAUUAAAACUUCAAGAUCGUCUAAGUGAUAACGAUCGUAAACGUUUGCAUUUCUUUCUUGGAAACGAUAUUCCACGACGAAUUCGAGAUGACCCAUCACUUAGUGGUACACUUAGUCUUAUGGAAUCUCUCUUUGAUCAAGAUAAAAUCAGUGAAUAUGAUUUCACUUUUCUCAUAAAUGCCUUCACUGAAAUUCAAUGCAUUGAUGCUGCUAAAGUUUUAACAGAACAUAUGAAACGAUUGCAACCAAAUGCAACACUUAGGCCAAUGCAGAGUUUAACAUCAAUAAUGCCACCGAUGUUGAAUCAACUUUUCGAAGAUCAAGAAGAUACAUUUCCCACUAAUAAACGUACCUUAUUAAUUAAAGCUGGUCAAAAGUUUGGUGGUACUGGAGGUAGUUUAUUUGAUGAUUCAUCAACAAAAAAUUUUACGUGCUCCCAUUAUCUCAGUAGGAUUAUCAUUAGGAAUGAUAAUGAUGAUGAUGGUAUGCCUCUAGAUUGGAUUCAAUUUAUUUAUUCAUCUUCUUAUGAUCAAAAUAGUGUGAUUGAAGGACAAACUCAUGGUUUUCGACGAACAAGCGAAGUUUCACAAUUUCUACUCGAAAAAGAUGAAAGAAUAUAUAAGAUUCGUGGAAAACUAAGUAAUGUAACAUUAUCUUCGCAAGAUGGUACGCUAUUUUCAACAAUAUUAGUACGAGGACUGCAAUUUUUUACUAGCAAAGGUCGAGCAAGUCGAUCUUACGAUCACCUGGAAGGUAAAGUUUUCACCGAAGAAUACGAUGGAUAUACGUUGGGUUAUGCGACCGGAAGAUCAGGACUUUUUAUCGAUCAAUUACAAUUCUAUUGGUAUCGAACAGUAGUCACACAAUAG